UUAUCCUCCGUGAAUCUCCUCUGGUGUUGGUUAUUCGCAGGUUAGUUUCUUGACGAGAUUUCAGUUUUACUCUUUCUUCGAUUUCAAUCGUUUGGUUUGAAUAGAACCCCACCGAGAAACAGUUUCGCAAUAUGGAAAGUGAGAGAAAAGUGCAUCCGGACUGUAUAAACGCUUCGAACCCUUAUCACGAGUGUGUCGAGUUUUGCUUUAAGAAAAUUGCUGAAGCUAAGGCCAAGUUAGAGAAGCAAGGUUUAGUUGAUGCUGAAGGUCACGAGCAGUCGCGAGAGUCACUUGGUGAUAAAAUAAUAGAGGAAGAGAGCUCUGAGGAAGAAGAAGAAGAAGAGGAAAACCAAGAACCUGAAGUAGACGUGUCCCAACUUACAGGAAGAAAGAAGAAGUUGUUUGAGCUGAGACGUAAGAUGUAUGAAGCAAGAAAGUUCAAUCAGACAGAUGUCGGGAGUGAAAAGAAGAAAAUGGAAGCACCAAAAGAGACAAAAGGAAUCUCAAAACAGAAAUGGUUGGAGGCGAGGCAGAAAAAGAUUGGGAAGAUUCUCGAUGCUAAUGGCUUAGAUAUGACCAAGUCUUACAUGCUCGACACUCAAGAAUCAGCGGAAACAAAAUACAAGAAGUGGGAAAAAGAACCCACACCUUCUGGUUGGGAUGUGUUCAACCAGAGGACGUUAUACAACGCAUACAAGAAGCGGACAAAGAACAUUCAGGUUGAUCUAGAGGAGUAUAACAAAAUGAGGGCAGCUGAUCCAGAGUUUUACCGCGAGGCCUCAAGCUUGCAAUACGGCAAGGCACCAAAGACUUCGAAAGAUAAGAUAGAUAAGAUGGCAAAGGAGCUCCAUGACAGAGAGGAAAAGCGACAGGAGUUUAGCAGGAGAAGGAAGUUCAGGGAAGAGAAGGAUAUCGAUUCGAUCAACGACAGAAACGAACAUUUCAACAAGAAAAUCGAGCGUGCGUUUGGAAAAUACACUCUGGAGAUCAAAAACAACUUGGAACGAGGAACUGCAUUACCCGACUAAGAGUUACUUUGAGAUCUUCACAUGUUUGGAAACAAAGGAACGAAUUAUCUCUGGUCGAAAAGUUUGCUUUUAUAUGCUUUUUUGUCUGCUUCUUGUCCUUCACAGACGUAAUGUAUUCGUUAGCCACUUUAUGUGUUGACCUUUCCUUUUUUUUAAACACUAGAUUAUAUUUAAAAUU